AAAGGCUUCACUCCCUCCAUGUUGCAGCUAAGUAUGGGAAGAUGGAAGUGGCCAACCUUCUGCUGCAGAGACACACUGCGCCCGAUGCAGCUGGGAAGAGUGGUCUAACUCCCCUACAUGUAGCUGCUCACUAUGACAACCAGAAGGUGGCUCUGCUGCUGCUGGACCAGGGAGCUUCACCGCACGCUGCUGCCAAGAAUGGCUAUACUCCACUCCACAUCGCGGCUAAGAAGAACCAGAUGGAGAUUGCCACGACACUGCUGGAGUACGGAGCCGACACCAACGCUAUGACACGUCAGGGCAUCACACCGCUGCACCUGGCCUCUCAGGAGGGCAACGUAGACAUCGUUACCCUGCUACUGGCCAGGGAAGCCACCAUCAGCUUGGGCAACAAG